AUGGCUGAAAAACAAACAGAACUCAAAGACCUCGAGCACGUUGCCAAACAGAUGAAAUGGUACGAGGUCGGCUGCAUUCUGGUUGCGAAUGCUGGUGAUGAGGCGUCCUUGAGCCACUCGUUCAAGUAUCUGUCGAAGAUGCACCAUUCUACAAUUGCGGAUGUGACAGUAGCCCUUCUCCGCGAUAACAGUAGCCGUGACACAAAAAUGCUUGAAAAACUCGUUGAUUUUGCACUGGCUUCGAUUGGCCACACUGAGAUCGAUCCAGACAAGACGAACUCGGUUGUCAGGAUCCAAAUUGCAUACGCUGUCCGCCUCGUCAAAGAAGGAGACCUUAGAAAUGUCGAGUCGAAAACCAUUGAAUUCCUGAAGAUGCCUGGUCUCUCCCAGGAAAACAGACGUGAGGCCUUCUUCCUUGCAUUUUGCCUCUACGAGAAACUUGAAAACUGGGACUACGCCAUCCGAUUUGCACUUGAAUGCGAUACCAGUCGCCUUGACAUCGUUUCCAUUGCAAAAUACGCCGUGAUAUCGCGGUCUUUCUUCAAUUUCAGUCGAAUUGCGAAGCUACCAAAUUUCAGUCGCCUUAGCCCAGAAAUGCGCCUGCUGAUCUCGUCACUGAUCGAUGGCUCAUUCGUCCACUCCACCAAUCCACCCCAGGUUCCUGUUCUCUCAGAAUACACCAGUUUGAUCAAGGAAAAGGCGUUUAUGGUUGAAAUAGUCUCAAUCUGCCAAGAGCACCUUGUAACCAAAACAGUUCCAUUUGAUCAGUUUAUUGAUGCAAUGAAUCUGAGUGAGACCAACUCACUGAUCUAUUUGCUGAUCAAGGCCCUUGGUCACCGACUUGUCACUGGAUGGAUUGAUUCAGAGAGACGUGUCUUCUGUUUUGAUACGAUCAUGCCACGUGAUCUGUCUGAAGAUGAGAAGAGCCAAAUGAAGCAGAAGUUCGUGAGUCUACGGGAUAGGGUGAGAAUGGCCAUUUCAAUAUUCUCAUAG